AAAUACUGUUUGUCUGAAAUACUUGCGAAAGAAGUUGAAUAAACUGAUCUUAAGCCUACUUGCAUAUCGAUGAAAAUUAGGUUACAUAAGUGGCCUUUAGCUUAUUUUGACAACAUUCCCUACCGUAUUAAUUACAGUUUUUUGUUAUGUGAUAUGACAUCAUGCGCAGUGACGUUCUUCUCCCCAUAUGGCGACUCCUUCCUAUACCUUAUACCUCACGUUGUCAUAAAUGUAUAGUGUGUAUAUCAUCCGUUGGUUGGAAGGAACUGCGUAUUUUUCUGUUGUCUGUCUGCAGUCUUACAAUGUGCUCAUUCAAAACAAUUUAAAAACAGUUUGGUGUUUCUCGGCGCUAAUAUUAACUAUAUUUGUCAUACCUGGUAAAGUCCAGUGUGUGUUUCUUCCAGUUUGGUAUGUUCAAGUGCCACUUAAUAGUCACUAUAUACUUUCAGGACCAGAACAUAUAUUCCAAGUACAAAAAACUCUCUUAAUGAAACAACUAUAAUUCAACUAUUCAAAUUACGGAGCUGUAUCAGGAGGUUUCUUGUAAGCCAUUCUUUUACACAACCAGCAAACCAUAAUGUCUGAUGAACAAGUUUUAGACUUGCAAAAGAAUUUGCAUUCUGUUUCAACAAGAGUCCCAAAAAUUAUAGUGCGGAGAGUUGAAGAAAUGUUUCCUUCUCUGAAAGAAGGCUUGAGCUCUGUCAAUUUACUGGAAAAUGUACCUGGUUCAUACAGUGAGACAUGUCUCAGAAAAAUUGAGGUCAUUCAUAUAAAAGUUGAAGAGGUUACAGAUAUGCAAGAAGAGGAGGAGGAUCCUGUUUCAGUAGGAUUUCCAGAAAUAAAGACUGAACAUGAGGUCACUGUGAAUGAAGAUCUGUAUUCCUGUGAUGUGUGUAGUAAACCAUUCAGCAAAGAGAGUGAUCUGAAGAGACAUCAGUGCAUACACAGUGGGGAGCAUCCAUUUUCCUGUGAUGUAUGUAAUAAGCCCUUCAGUCACAGGGGUCACCUUAAUGUACAUCGGCUCAUACACAGUGGGGAACGUCCAUUUUCGUGUGACGAAUGUAAUAAGUCGUUCAGCCAGAGGGGUCAUCUGAAUGUGCAUAAACUCGUACAUAGUGGGGAGCAUCCAUUUUCUUGUAAUAUGUGUGAUAAAUCAUUCAGUCACAGAAGUAAUCUCUUGAGACAUCUGUGUAUACACAGUGAGCAGCAUCCAUUUUCCUGUGAUGUGUGUAAUGAAUCAUUCAGUCAGAGGAGUGAUCUGAAGAGACAUCUAUGCACACACAGUGAGGAGGAGCGUCAAUUUACCUGUGAUGUAUGCAAUAAGUCGUUCAAUCGAAGGAGUAAUCUGAAGAGACAUCUAUAUAUACAUACUGAGGAGUAUCCAUUUUCCUGUGAUAUUUGUAAUAAAUCAUUCAGUGGGAGAAGUGAUUUGAAGGUACAUCAACGCACACAUAGUGGGGAGUAUCCAUUUUCCUGUAAUGUCUGUAAUAAAUCAUUUAUGCGGAAGAGUGUUCUGAAAGUACAUCAACGUAUACAUAUUGAGGAGCGCCCAUUUUCCUGUAAUGUAUGUAAUAAAUCAUUCAGACAGAGGAGUCAUCUGAAUGAACAUAAAGUCAUGCAUAGUGGGGAACGUUCAUUUUUCUGUGAUAUAUGUAAGAAAUCAUUCACUCGGAGGGGUAAUCUUAAGGUACAUAAAGUCAUACACAGUGGAGAGCGUCCAUUUUCCUGUGAAGUAUGUAAUAAGUCAUUCAGCCAGAGGAGUGUUCUGAAGAUACACGAACUCAUACAUAGUGGAGAACAUCCAUUUUCCUGUGAUGUGUGUAAGAAAUCAUUCAAUAGACACAAUGAUCUGAAGAGACAUCGUCGCAUACAUAGUGAGGAGUGUCGGUUUUCCUGUGAUAUCUGUAAUAAAUCGUUCACUCAGAGCAGUCGUCUAAAGGAACAUAAACGCACACAUGAUGGGGAUCGUCCAUUUCCUGUGAUGUGUGUAAUAAAUCAUUCAGUUUUCAGAAUGGUUUGAAGAAACAUGAACUUGUAUGUAGUGGGGAGUGUUAAUUUUUCUGUGAUGUGUGUUAUAAAGCAUCUGGUGAUCAGUGAUAUGAUGAAUCAUCAGCACAUUAGUAGUAUAUUGUGUCUUUUUUAUUAUUGUUGUUAUUAGUGUAUAUAACGCAUAAUUCAGUUAGAAUCAUUAAUCCUGUAAUGAGCAUACAUGUUCCCCUGAUUGGUGUCAGACAUGAUUGAGUAAUUGGUAGUCUGCAUUAUGCAAUCAUAUUUCAGUGGGUGUAAUUAUUUCAGCAGUCAGAAUAAUCUGUAGAUUCAUGAGAACAUAUAAGCUGCCUAAUGUCAUUAUUAUUGUGAUAUGUGUAACAAAUUUUUCCAUUAUCUGAGUUUUUGUUGACAUGUAUAUAGCUCAUGUAGUGGAGAGCAUCCGUAGUGCUGUUAUAUGUAAGAUAUUUCUCUUUCACCAGAAUCUCACUGAAUAUCAACUCAUACUUAUCUGAUUUGUACAGAAAUAUAUUCCUGAGAAACUGUGUGUGUUAAUUUAUAGUGGAAAGAAUUUGUAGUCCUAAGGGAGUGAAAUUUAAAAUUAGUAACAUCUCCAAAUGACAUGGUCUGAUGCAAGUUUACCAGUGUUUUAUAGGUCCUCGCUGCCAUAUUGUACAGUGCUGCAAUCAAGAAGACACCCAUCUUGGAAAGGGGGAACUUGUGAAUCAUAUUAGUUUAUGUUUGUAUUCACAAUUAUGUGCAAGGCUGGGAAAGUGUAAAAUGUGCUGGAAAACACUGAGCUUCCACAUGUUAUUUGACCUUUGCAUACUGACUACACUUGGCUGACAUAAAAAACAUAUCGUACACAUGCUGUUCAAUCAUUGCCGUAAGCUGGCCCGCAUAAAGUGUGUGCCAGGCCAUCCAGAUGCCUAGAAUGUUCAUGAUUUCUCCUAGGAUUUUUUAAAUGUAAUUUAUGUUGUAUUUGCAUGUUAUACAAUAACAUUUUCAGGCUCAUGUCAUAUAGUCCCAGAUCUCUUUUAUAGAUGGCAGCUUCAGCAUUGGUGAAUAAAUGUGGUUGGUGUUAUUUCCAUUUCUGAUUUAUUUGUGAGUAUCCUGAUGCCUAAUUUUUGAAGAUGGUUCAUGAAUUUAUAGGAAAUUUGUGCAGGCCUGACCAUAGGUAUUAUCCACAUAUGUACAGUAAUAUAUUGUAGAUGAUGUAAAACUCUGUAGUUUAAAUAUAAGAUUUAUUCCUGCC